AAGUUUCUCCUUGUCCACCUGUCAUGUCCUAACAGCCCACGGGAGUAGGCAAUAGUACGAGUCUACAUAAUACAUGCGUUGUUCGACAGACCUUGCGGAUCUAUUGUCGCUCGCUCUACAUACUUAAAGACACUUGAAAGGUUGCUCAGGUGCUGCUAUCUUGUACAACCCUCCAUCAUGCCUCAUGCAUUGACCCUAGAGCAAGACGUGCCGAGUUUCGACGGCAAGAAGCUCUUUGUGAACGAUGGUUUGCUCCGACCGAGUCAAGUGGGAAAGCUGAAAGAGUCAUCUCCAGAUCUGCCCAUGGAAGAGCUGCGCCGGCGCUACAAUGAAGAUGGGUAUGUGUACCUAAAGGGCCUACUGCCAAGGGACAAUGUCCUGAAAGCCCGCGAAGAGUACUUCAAGAUGCUCGCGCCAAGUGGCGUCUUAAAGCCUGGUACCCAGCCAGUACAAGGCGUUUUUGAUUCCGAAAAAGAUGCUUCAGACUUCCCUGGCAUUGGAGCUGGUGCGGCUCCAGGAAACGGGAAGCCUGGAGAAGCAACCGCAGAGAAAUUCGUCGGCCUCGCGCUCGAGGCGCACUAUGCAGAUUGGUACAAAGAGACAUUCUGCAAGCAUCCUGUGCUGAAGGACUUCAUCGCCCGCAUGACAGGGUGGGGCGAUAAUACUCUAGGUGUUCGCAGGAGUUUGCUGCGCAACAACACACCAGGAAACAAAGCUAUCGGCGUACAUUAUGAUCAGAUAUUCCUCCGUCACGGUGAGCCUACCAGUGUCACCGCCUGGGUACCAAUGGGAGAUGUGAGCUUGACUGGAGGCGGUCUUAUCUACCUGGAGAAUGGCCAUACAUUAGGUCGCGAAGUGGAAGCAGACUUCAACCGUAAGGCAGAAGAAAGUGGUUUGAGUGAGGAGGAAACAAAAAACGCAUUCAAUCAGAAUAUGCUGUCAACGGGAUUGCUCGCCGAUGGACCACGGGAGUAUUCUGAUAGCUUUGACAGGCGAUGGUUGGUGACAAACUACGAAGCGGGGGAUGUGGUACUGCACACUCCAUACACAAUACAUGCAUCCACGUUGAACUAUGACCCGGACAACGUGAUCCGAGUCGGUACUGACCUGAGGUUCGUCGACGGCAGCAAGCCUUGGGACACGCGGUGGGACAAGGACUAUGAGUUCAAUGAUGGUGUGUAGACCUGUUAGUCAUGUAUAUUCAUCAUGAGCUUGAUCGAGCUAGGCAAACGGCUCGUAUAUAGAUAGCGUCGCAAAUGAGUGUAUUCUAUAGCGUCCACGAUGCAGGCACAUCUCAAAGCUUCAAUGCACCUCUU